AUGCCUCACGCUACCAAGCCCAGCACCAAGAAAGCUAAGGAGGCGUGGACCAACUUCGAGCGGCGAGUCAUGAUUGGCCUCAUCUGCAAAGGCCUCCACAACCCCCACGACCUCUCACACCUAACAACCUCCUUCAACGAGGCCCACAAAGGCGGAAGGGCCCGAACCUCAAAGCCCUGGUCCCCCGAAAAGGUGUGGGACCUCUACAAGUCAGUAGCCAGACGAGACGGUGACACGCUCCGACUCGAGAGGCGUGUAGGAGCAGGGCGCAUUACGCGCAAGCAACGCCUGGCGCUGGAGAGGGGCCUCACCACGUCGAACGAUGGCCGGCGUGAGAGGGAGAAGAAGUGGCGCCAGAAGAGGAUGUGGAUCGCGGAGAGGACGGGGCAUGGGGAGGAGAGACGGGGCGCGUGGCUGUUUCUUGGGGAGGGCGCGAGUUUCCUUCCGGCUUUGCCGGUGCGUGGGCUCUACUCUACGAUGCGACGGUUCGGUGGGGAGGAGGAGGCAUAG